CUUCCAUGGAAGGAGGUGGUGCAGCUACUGCAUCACAGCGUGGUACAGUGUGGAAAACAGGAAGUCGCUCCAGUGAAGCAGCUCCAGCUCCGCUUCAUCUAGAAAAACCUAGAAAACCACGGCUAAAGCUGCUGUCGGCCAAACUUAAUGUGGAGAUGAUGAAUCCUAGUUAGAGAUGAAUGUAAUAAAACAUAUCAAUUGUAUAAGAUAGUAACAUUACCUUGGGAUGAUAGUGAGACAAAGUCUUCAUGCUCUUAACUGUUCAGCCUUCAUUAAUUAAUCAUUGUUAUUUUAUAUGGCGGAGCUUAUACCUGUAAAGGACUAUUACAUUUGAUUAUGAACAGGAAUCCACUGCACAGAUCAUUUAAUUAUUGACAGAUUUUUAUUACUAAUUUGAAGCAUCCACAUGGGAAGUUGGAUGAUCACCAGGUGACAAGAGCAGAGAAAACAAUUCAUCUCUGGUUUAUUGGGUUUUGUCUACACCCUCUAGACAAUAACAUGUUGAUUAAGGCUGUAACGAACCACUCACCUGGUCACUUUGGAUAUAAAGGCUCCUGCUGCCUCUUCUCGUGUCUUGUUCUUCAGGAGCCUCGUCCAUCAGCCGUCCAACUAUCGGAGAGAAGUUUUCAUCCCCAUCAUGGCCGUGACCAACCAACCAGUCACAUACGAACCCACUCACUUCCAGACCGGCCUGUGUUCGUGCUGGGAACACAUGAACGAAGCCGUCAAACAAGUGUGCGAACAGUGUCAAACCUGCUGCCAUGACAUGUGCUUCCUCCCCUGCCUCGGCUGCUUCAUCGCCAGAGAAUUAAAGGAGUGCUGCUGCUGUGGUCUGUCCACGGCCAUACGAAGCAUCUACAGGACCAGAUACAACAUCCGGGGGUCGCUGUGUAAAGACUUCAUUGCGACGACCUUCUGCGCGCCCUGCGCCGCCUGUCAGCUCAAGAGAGACAUCGAGCGCCGCAAGAUGCAAGGCCUCUUAUGAAAAAAAAAAAAGUGAACAAUAAAAAUGAAUGUAUUUAUGGGUCGUGAUAACGGAGGGAGGUUGUA